AUGGAUCUCAUCAACAACAAGGUUGCUUUUUUCUUCAUAUCAGAAUCUAUUAAAAAAGUUUCUGAUGGUGGCCGUAUCAUCACACUUGUAACCUCUCUUUUGGCUGUUUGCACACCAUUCUAUCCCGUGUAUCAAGGCACUAAGGCAGCUGUUGAAUACUAUACAAAGGCGGCCUCCAAGGAAUUGAUGGCAAGAAACGUUACAGUGAAUUGUGUUGCACCGGGACCAAUGGACACACCAUCCUUCUAUCCACAAGAGACACCAGAAGCUGUUGAGUUUUACAAAAGCAGUGCUUUGCAGCAUCGGUUGACUGACAUUAAAGAUAUCGUCCCAAUCAUAAAGUUUUUGGUUACUGAUGGGGGUUGGAUAACGGGUCAGGUCAUAUUUGCUAAUGGGGGACUGGCUGCAAAUUAG